CAUAUUUUUUCAUAUUCUUGCAGUAUAGCGUCAACCCACCGCACUUUUCUCUCCCCUUUUUUUGCCCUAUUCUUGAUAGGGUUCCCAAAUGAUUUCUUGCCUUUGAUUUUUCUCUGAUGCUUUCUGUUCUUUUUCUGAUCUUGCUGAUCGUCUUCUUCUUGCUUGAUUUGGUAAUUUUUGCUCUCCUCAGAGGGUUUUUUGGGCUUCUCCGCUUUAGAUUUAACUUCCCUUGGAUUUUCACACUGUUCCCAUGUCUAAAGUCCUCAAUUUCAGUGGAGAUGAUGAUUUAUUCCCUGGGGGGUUUCUAUUCCCGAAUUCUAAGGAGCCGAGUCUCUAUUUGUCCCUAGGUCAUCAUGUGGACAUGUAUGUUCCUCCUCGUAAGAGAUCUCGUGUCACUGCCCCGUUCAUUGUCUGUAGAGAGCAAAAGCAACAGCCAUCCAUUGAAGUUCUACCUGACGAAUGCCUCUUUGAGGUGUUCAGACGCCUUCCUGGAGGCCAAGAGAGGAGUGCCUGUGCAGGUGUCUCCAAGCGUUGGCUUAUGCUUCUAAGUAGCAUUCAGAGGGAUGAAAUAUGCAAUGAAACCACUCGAUCUGUUGAGCCUGAGAACAGAUCUAAUAUUAAGAAGGCUGAUGAGUCCGUGAAGUCAAAAGACAAGGGUGGGUUUGUUGAUUCGAAUGGAAUCAGAGCUGAAGUUGAGGAGGACUCGGAGACAGGUGUUGAUGGAUAUCUUUCUAGAUGCCUGGAAGGUAAGAAAGCUACUGAUGUGAGGUUGGCUGCCAUUGCUGUUGGAACUGGAAGCCGUGGAGGUUUGGGCAAGCUAUCCAUCCGAGAAAGCAGUUCUACUCGUGGAUUGACAGAUUUUGGCCUCAAGGCCAUUGCUCGUGGUUGCCCUUCUUUGAGAGAGCUUUCGAUUUGGCACUCAUCAUCAAUUGGUGAUGAAGGGCUACUUGAGAUUGCAAAUGGCUGUCAUCUGCUGGAGAAGCUUGACCUAUGCCAUUGCUCAGCAGUUACAGACAAGUGUUUGCUUGCUAUUGCAAAGAACUGUCCCAAUCUGGCGUCAGUUACAAUAGAAUCUUGUUCAAACAUUGGAAAUGAAAGCCUGCAAACUUUGGGACGUAGCUGCCACAACCUGAAAUCCGUUACUGUUAAACAUUGUCCUCUUGUUGGGGACCAAGGAAUUGCAGGUCUAUUUUCGUCAGCCGGUAAUGUUGUGACAAAGGUGAAGCUUCAGGCACUUAACAUCAGUGAUGUGUCUCUUGCUGUAAUUGGACACUAUGGCAGUGCAUUGACUGACCUUGCACUUAUUGGCCUCCAAAAUGUGAACGAGAGGGGCUUCUGGGCCAUGGCUAGUGGUCAAAGUUUGCAGAAGCUGAAGUCUUUGGCAAUAACCACUUGUCGAGGAGUCUCUGAUUUAGGGCUUGAAGCUAUUGGAAAAGGUUGCCCGAAUCUGCAUCAGGUUUGCCUCAGAAGAUGUCCACUUGUAUCAGACAAAGGAUUAAUUUCGUUUGCCAAAGCUGCUGGGUCACUUGAAAAUCUUCAAUUGGAGGAAUGCCACAGGAUUACCCACUCUGGAGUUUUUGGCAUCUUUGCAAACUGUGGUGGAAAAUUGAAGGCUCUUGCCUUGGCCAAUUGCUUUGGAAUUCAGAACAUGAACUUUCUAUUUCCAUUGACAUUUCUUUGCUAUUCACUGCGAUCACUGACCAUCUGCAACUGCCCUGGAUUUGGUAAUGCUAGCUUGGCCAUGGUUGGUAAACUGUGCCCCUACCUGACUCAUGUUGAUUUCAUUGGGCUUCAGGGAAUAACUGAUGCUGGGCUUCUAUCAUUUGUUCAGAGCUCUGAAGCUGGUUUGAUGAAGGUAAAUCUUAGUGGCUGUGUCAAUUUGACCGACAAUGUUGUUGCAACCAUUUCCAAGCUGCAUGGGAGCACUCUCGAGGUUCUGAAUCUUGAAGGCUGCAGAUUCAUCACUGAUGCAAGCCUGGUGACGGUUGCAAGGGAUUGCUGGCAGCUGAAUGAACUUGAUGUUUCUAGUUGUGGAAUUACUGAUUCUGGCAUUGCUGUCUUGGCUGGUGCCAAGCAGCUGAAUCUGCAGAUACUUUCCCUGGCAGGUUGCUCUUUGGUAUCUGACAAAUCUGCACCCCUGUUGGUGGUUAUGGGCAAGACAUUGAUGGGGUUGAACCUCCAGCAUUGCCAUGGAAUCAGCUCUGGUGCUGUUGAUCUGCUUGUUGAGCAACUUUGGAGGUGUGAUAUACUCUCCUAAAGCAGCUGACAGUUGAAAAGGCCCCUUGAAGCAACAGAUAGCGUGGUACAUCGCAAGUUUUCACAACUUCAGUAUAGCUCUUGGUUUUUUUUUCAGCGUGUUGUUUUUGGGUCCAUAACCAUGGGUCUUCAUGUGGUUCAGUGUUCCAGUCCUUUUUUUCCAGCGAGGUGUGGCCAGUUUCUCUCUUCUUUUUUUUCAGCUUUCUUUCCAUUAGAAAGCUAUUCCAAGAAGUUUUCCCCUUGGUAAAGGGAGCCAUUCUGCAUAAUUGUCACACUUAGCUGAGAAUAUAGACAUUGGGUACUGGAUUCUUAGAUACUUCUAAUGGUGCUACUAUUAUGUUUUCAGCUUCUGGCCUAGCGGUUACUUCCAACUUGCUCGGUCAAAGCUUGUUACUUCGUCUAUUCCUUAGUCUUUUGGGUUGGGUCACUGUGUUUACCAAGUCUUCCAUGUCGCUUAAAGCAUACAUGAUGGUUGGGUUUGAUUCCGUCGUUCAGUCUGUGUUUGCGGUUGCUUUUGGCAGUCGUAGGUUUGUAACCUUGCUUUUGUGGGCUUUGUCCGUGGCAGAGUUGUUUAGUCUGCCAUGACAACCUUUUUGGGUUGUUUUUUCUUAACAAAGCCCUAGUUUUGCAGGUUCUUUUGUUACGAACUGCCCCGAGCAACCUUCUUGUUAUGUAAUACUCCAUGAAAAUGGUUACUUUGUUGUGAAUAAAAAGGCUUUUCAGAAGCUUUAUUAUGUAUC